AAUACUAAUAAAUGAGACCAUGAUCAUAUAUGAUCAUAUAUGAUCAUAUUAUGAUAUAGUAAUAUCAUAUAUAAUAUAAUAAUAAUAUAAAUAUUUAAGAAUAGGAAUCUAAAUUCUAGAUAUAGUGUAGAAUAAGAUAUCUGAAAUAGAUUAAUUAACUUAGUAGAUUAUGUCUCACGCAUAUACCUUUAAAAAUGCAUCAUAAACAUAAAUAAUAAAAACAGAGCAUGUUGAUUAUAUCAAAACUCGGGGCACCAAUAAUUAUAGUUUGUCAUGGGUAGAGACACUAUUGCCGACGUAAUAACUUCUAUACGAAAUGCUGACAUGAAAAAAAAAGGAACAGUUCGAAUAGCAUCCACUAAUAUCACUGAAAACAUUGUUAAAAUACUUCUACGAGAAGGUUUUAUCGAAAACGUGAGGAAACACCGGGAAAACAACAAAUAUUUCUUGGUUUCAACCCUGCAACCUAGAAGGAAUAGGAAGGGGCCAUAUAGAACUAUUUUAAAACGUAUCAGCCGACCCGGUUUACGAAUCUAUUCUAACUAUCAACGAAUUCCUAGGAUUUUAGGUGGAAUGGGGAUUGUAAUUCUUUCUACUUCUCGAGGUAUAAUGACAGAUCGGGAGGCUCGACUAGAAGGAAUCGGAGGAGAAAUUUUGUGUUAUAUAUGGUGAUCCUUCUCAUAUCCGAAUUAGAUCCGUAACUUCCUAUUUGUUUGUGAAAAAAAAAAAAGAGGAAGGGCGGGUUGUCUAAUAUCACUCUUCCUCCAUUAGUUGAUACUUCAAGGGGGUUACCUGGAAUGAAAGAACAAAAAUGGAUUCAUGAAGGUUUAAUUACUGAAUCACUUCCCAAUGGUAUGUUCCGGGUUCGUUUAGAUAAUGAAGAUCUGAUUCUAGGUUAUGUUUCAGGAAAGAUCCGACGUAGUUUUAUACGGAUACUACCAGGAGAUAGGGUCAAAAUCGAAGUAAGUCGGUAUGAUUCAACCAGAGGACGUAUAAUUUAUAGACUCCGCAACAAAGAUUCCAACGAUUAGGUGCUUUUUUCAACAUACCUUUUUUUCAUAGGGAUACAACUCGCGGUUCAAAAUUUCAAGAGACUUAUUUUUUUCCAAGGAGUAAAUUCGAAAUUAAGGUAAGGAAUGACAAAUAUGAAAAUAAGGGCUUCUGUUCGUAAAAUUUGUGAAAAAUGUCGACUGAUCCGUAGGCGGGGACGAAUUAUAGUAAUUUGUUCCAACCCAAGACAUAAACAAAGACAAGGAUAAUCUUUCUAAAAUAAAAAAAGGGACUCUCUAAAGGACCCGAUGUACAAAUAAAGGAUCUGUUUUGACAUGAAAUGGAUAUAUCCGUAUAUCUCUGACUCAUAUUUAUGAGAUGAUAAAAUAUGGUAAAACCUAUACCAAGAAUUGGUUCACGUAAGAAUGGACGUAUUGGUUCACGUAAGAAUGGACGUAGAAUACCAAAGGGAGUUAUUCAUGUUCAAGCAAGUUUCAACAAUACCAUUGUGACUGUUACAGAUGUAGGAGGUCGAGUGGUUUCUUGGUCCUCCGCCGGUGCUUGUGGAUUUAAGGGCACAAGAAGAGGAACACCUUUUGCUGCUCAAACCGCAGCAGGAAAAGCUAUUCGUACAGUAGUGGAUCAGGGUAUGCAACGAGCAGAAGUCAUGAUAAAGGGUCCAGGUCUCGGAAGAGAUGCAGCAUUACGAGCCAUUCGUAGAAGUGGUAUACUAUUAAGUUUCGUACGGGACGUAACCCCUAUGCCACAUAAUGGGUGUAGACCUCCUAAAAAAAGACGUGUGUAAAAAUAGGAACUGAAGAUAUUUCAAGAGAAAGAAACGAUUCAAUGAUUUGAUCAAAUAAGAUUACUAUGGUUCGAGAGGAAGUAGCAGUAUCUACUCGUACACUAGAGUGGAAGUGUGUUGAAUCAAGAGCAGACAG